CAUAAAUAGGGUGGCUUCGGGCGCCUCAGCACGCACUCAAGUUAGAGCGGAAGGGUCCUGCCUGUCAUGUCUGGACGCGGGAAGCAGGGGGGCAAGGCGCGCGCCAAGGCCAAGACGCGCUCGUCGCGGGCCGGGCUGCAGUUCCCCGUGGGCCGCGUGCACCGCCUGCUGCGCAAGGGCAACUACGCUGAGCGGGUCGGCGCCGGCGCGCCCGUGUACCUGGCGGCCGUGCUGGAGUACCUGACGGCCGAGAUCCUGGAGCUGGCGGGCAACGCGGCGCGCGACAACAAGAAGACGCGCAUCAUCCCGCGCCACCUGCAGCUGGCCAUCCGCAACGACGAGGAGCUCAACAAGCUGCUGGGCAAGGUGACCAUCGCGCAGGGCGGCGUGCUGCCCAACAUCCAGGCCGUGCUGCUGCCCAAGAAGACCGAGAGCCACCACAAGGCGAAGUAAGCAGCAAGUGUGGGAACGAGCAAACAAAAGGCUCUUUUCAGAGCCACUUCUCUAGUCACUGAAAAGGGAGCACGACUUUAUUGCACCUCUGAUCACUUUUACUUAGUUGCUAAAAUUUAUGACAAGACUAGUAGUUCUUACUGAGGCUUUCUUUUUUGGGGGGGGGUUCUCAUUUCAGAAGUGGCAUUUAGGGACUUCUGUUGAAUAACCUAUAUUAUACUGGUAUUCUAAAUAGGCUAUAACUUCAAGCUCAUGUUGAACCUAGAAGCUAUUUUGACUCAAAAUAGUCACCCAGGUCUAUCUGGAAAUCAGCUGUAACUUAAGUGACAAGUUACAUCAACCCCAAACAUCUCUUGAGAGGACGUAAUGGUGAUUUCUACAGAAAACCCACUGUCAGCAGGAAGGUCGCAAGUUAAUAUUUCGGGUGUUUCUGCCAGCACUUGACUAAUUCAUACUACCAGACAGUACAUUUAUUACCAUACUGGUAUACCUAGAUGUCCACGUGUUGUAACCAUGAUCAUACUAGUUUCUCCUAAGUGAAUUCCAAGAACACUGAUAAUAGAUAUCUGUAUGUUGAAAAAUGUAAACAAACUUGAUUAAACCUGAGGCUGUUUUGGCAA